AAUUCAUCCCAUUUCUCUCUUCUGCGAAAAACUACUGCUCUCAAUAGAGUGAGAGAGAGAGAGAGAGAGAGAGAGAUUUGGGGUAUUCAUGCUGGUGUUUGGCUGCAUUUGAAGACGAAUGUGGUGAGUAUGGAGGCGGAGAAGCUCACAUGAGAUCGGCAGCUUGAUCAGUGAUGUGGGAAGUGUUGAAGGGGCUGUGAUUUAUGAUUUAUCGUUGAAGAUGAUCAGUGUUGGGAACGGAGAAGAAGGGGUCCCACCUUCUCUCGAGUGGAAAUUCUCUCAGGUUUUUGGAGAACGAGCGGCUGGGGAGGAAGUUCAGGAAGUUGACAUUAUCUCUGCCAUUGAAUUUGACAAAAGCGGUGAACAUCUUGCUACUGGUGACCGUGGAGGAAGGGUUGUGCUAUUUGAAAGGAUAGAUGGGAAAGACUGUACCUUACGGAAGGAUCAGGAGAAAAGGGAUUAUCCUGCUUCUUUGCAUCCUGAAUUUCGCUACCAGACAGAAUUCCAAAGCCACGAACCGGAGUUUGACUACCUCAAGAGUUUGGAAAUAGAGGAGAAAAUUAAUAAAGUGCGAUGGUGUCAGACAGCCAAUGGUGCACUUUUCCUUCUAUCAACCAAUGAUAAAACAGUAAAGUAUUGGAAGGUCCAAGAGAAGAAAAUAAAGAAGAUAUGUGACAUGAAUUUAGAUUCUUCAGCAUCAGCAAGAAAUGGAAAACUUUCUGGCUCGAUUGGAGUGGCAACUGACUUUGUAUUUCCCCCUGGAGGAUUCCCGUCUCUUCAUUUACCAGUGGUAAUUGUUGGCCAUGAGACAAACCUUGUUCCUAGAUGUCGAAGAAUAUAUGCUCAUGCACAUGACUACCACAUUAAUUCCAUUUCAAAUAACAGUGAUGGGGAGACAUUUAUAUCAGCAGAUGAUUUGCGCAUAAAUUUGUGGAACCUAGAGAUAAGUAAUCAAAGUUUCAAUAUUGUUGAUGUGAAGCCUGUGAACAUGGAGGAUCUCACUGAGGUUAUAACGUCUGCCGAAUUCCAUCCUACCCAAUGCCAUACAUUAGCAUACAGCAGCUCGAAGGGCACAAUACGCCUAAUUGACAUGAGACAAUCAGCUUUAUGUGACAGACAUGCCAAACUAUUUGAGGAGCGUGACACAUCUGGUUCACGGUCAUUUUUUACGGAGAUAAUUGCAUCGAUAUCAGAUAUUAAGUUUGGAAAAGAUGGAAGACAUAUAUUGAGUCGUGAUUACAUGACCCUGAAGCUAUGGGAUUUAAACAUGGAAUCUUGCCCUGUUGCAACCUUCCAGGUCCAUGAGUAUCUAAGACCCAAGCUAUGUGACCUGUAUGAAAAUGACUCCAUCUUUGAUAAAUUUGAGUGCUGUUUAAGUGGAGACAGUCUCCAUGUUGCCACUGGUUCCUAUAGCAACCUUUUUCGCAUUUUUGACUGCGAUUCUGGCAGAAAUGAGGCAACAACACUGGAAGCCAGCAAAAAUCCUAUGAGACGUCAGACUCAAACACCUUCAAAGCCCAUAAGAUCACUCACCAGCCUAGCACGCUCUCGUAGACGAGGAGCUGAGAAUCUGAAUGUAGAUGCAAAUGGAGUAGCAUACGAUUUUUCAACUAAGAUGCUCCACCUAGCAUGGCAUCCAACGUCCAAUGCUCUUGCCUGUGCGGCUGCAAAUAGCCUAUACUUGUAUUAUGCCGAAGAUAUUCCUCAAAAUGAAGCUGCCUCAAAUCAGUAGUGAAAGGCCAUGUUCGCUGUCAGUCACACGAGGUCCAUUAGCACAUGCAAUCGGUAUUAUGUUUUGCAGGAAGCAGCCUGCUUUGCUCAAUUCUUUUGUAGAAAGGAUGAAAAUUCUUUUCUUAUUCUCCUUCUCUGUCCGGAAUGGGGGGUGGGUAUUUGGAUUUGGAUGGCUCAAUAUAGGAAAUCGGCACAGGCAUUGCUUCUUCUGUGGAGAGACAAGGGGAGCAUGUUCUGGGAGUAAAAAACCUUUUUCAAGGAAUCAUAACCAAAAGUAAGUUGAGAUUGUAUUUUUUGUUACAUGAUCAAUACAGUUUGUAGUCAGCGGUGUCUUGAGUGGUUAACUUUGUAAAUGAAGCAGAGGAACAUGAGUUAACCAAUUCCUUGUAACAUUCAUCUCAUACAUUCAUAUAUAUAUUUUUUAUUUCCUU